UUCAAAUCCCUGAAAAUCCAACCUAUGUUUUGCCUUUAUAUAUUUUGUAGAUUUAUAGGGUUAUAAUUGAGUGGGUUCGGGAGGGUCUAGCGAUUGCCCCAGCCAUUGCAGUUCCCUACUCUAAGGGAAAUGGAAGAUUGGGAAGCAAGGGAAUAGAAUUGCCGCCGCCGUCGAUGAGCCCAUAAAUCGCUGUUAUUCUCUUCUCUGAUUCUUCUCCCCCUCCGAGGAAGAUAGCACAGAAACGAAUUAGCGGAUAAGAGAAGAAAAAGACAAAAGACGAGAAAGAAGUUCCACUGUUUCAGUUUCCGCCACCUAAAAGGAGGGAAAGGAAAAAGGAAGAGCGCGAAACAUAAACCCUAUUUAUCCUUCUCCCAACUAGUUUAAGAUCUCUACCCUUCCUUAUUCGUCCGCUCGUUCCUCUUUUGGUUAGCACUUUGCCUCAUCAGAGCUCCAACCAUGGUCAGUCGUUACCUCCUCCAUGCCAACUAAGGGUUGAAAGCCUUAUCGUGUCCCCCGUAGCUCGUUCCGCUUAGGGUCUAAGGUGGUUACUACAAUGAAACCAGAGAGGAAACAUUGAGUCUUACGUAUUGAGUAUCGAGCUGGAUGCGGCCACCUUGCCCAUCAUGAACGAAUGGAAGGAAAGAGCCCCAUUAACAAGUUUGGUAGAGGCCACCGCGACAAGGUACAGCAGUUCAUGGCCAUAACUGGGGCAAGUGAGAAAGCCGCAGUUCAAGCAUUGAAGGCAAGUGAUUGGCAUCUUGAAGGUGCAUUUGAUGUGUUCUACAGCCAGCCCCAGAGUAAAAUACAUACAGACUCCAGACAAUUGGAAGAGCUAUACAACAAAUAUAAAGAUCCAUAUCUGGACAUGAUAAUGGCGGAUGGUAUUGCUCGUCUUUGCAAUGACCUUCAGGUGGAUCCUCAAGACAUAGUUAUGUUAGUUGCUUCAUGGCACAUGAAGGCUGCCACCAUGUGUGAAUUUUCGAAGCAGGAGUUUGUCGGUGGACUACAAUCUAUAGGGAUAGAUUCACUGGAUAAGUUCCAAGAGAGGAUACCAUUCAUGCGUUCUGAGCUGAAAGACGAACAGAAGUUUCGUGAAAUAUACACUUUUUCUUUUGGGUGGGCAAAAGAGAAGGGUCAAAAAUCUCUAGCACUGGAUACUGCAAUAGGAAUGUGGCAACUACUAUUUGCUGAAAAGCACUGGCCAUUGGUGGAUCACUGGUGCCAGUUCUUACAGGCUCAGCAUAAUAAAGCUAUCUCGAGGGACACUUGGUCUCAGCUAUUGGAAUUCACACGGACAGUUGAUUUUGGAUUAGCAAACUAUGAUGCUGAAGGGGCAUGGCCAUAUCUGAUUGAUGAGUUUGUGGAUUACCUGAAUGAGAACGGUGUUGGUGCUGAUGGGUUCAGUCGAACAAUUGGAGCUUAAAACGACGAAGAAAAUAAGAGGACCAGAUGUGUAGCAGAAGCUGGAAAUUAUGGUGCUUGGUUCUCAAUCAUACAGUUCUGCAGCGUAUAGGAUUGCGUUUCCUCUUAAUUUCUUUACCUUUCUUUCUCUACUAGCACAAGAACCGGCCAACAUGGCUAUCUAAUUUGUAUGUCAUUUACUCUAAUAAUGUAUGUGUUGUUUGGUAUUUUG